AGGUACCCUACGUUACGCCUCCGUUAGGCUGUUUGUUAGGUACUGAAGGUGCUAGAGUUAGAGAUUCAAGUCACUUCUAAUCGAUCACGACAUUAUUAAUCCAUUAAUCCAGAACAAACUUUUGUGACCAACCCAUCGCCCGUGCCACCAUACCCGAGAGAUAUUUAAUAUCCAUCCUCCCUCGUUCUCCUUGCUGCCGUCUUGCAUUUUCAUCUGCGUCGCAUUUACAUCCAUAUCCAUACAUACGUACGAAGACGAACAUCGGAUCUACAAUCUCUCAUUCUGCCAAAUCAAAACCAACUGCGCAUCUCAUUACCCCGCCGACCCGCGCAUUCGCAUUCAUAUACCCCUCUAUUUUCCUCUUUCGCAACGCCGAUACAUAUUUAAUAUUUUCGCAAUGGCCGACUCAGAGCACACAUACAAGUUCAACGUUAGCAUGAGCUGCGGAGGUUGCUCCGGUGCUGUCAACCGUGUUCUCGGAAAGCUAGAGGGUGUCGAGAGCUACGAUGUCUCCCUCGAAAAGCAGGAGGCCAUUGUAAAGGCUAAGCCUGGUCUAGACUACGAAACCGUCCUGAAGACGAUUAAGAAAACGGGAAAGAAGGUCAACUCGGGUAGCGUUGACGGCGAGUCUCGCAGCAUUGAGAUCACGGAAUAAAGAGAUAACACUGGUUUGAGACGAGAGACUUGGAUCGACCGUCUAUGGACUGAGAUGUUUUCUCUUCUGUCCCGCUUAUGAAUAUGGAAUGAUCACGAAUCAAUCAGGCGUAGGAAAUAUGAAAGUCGAAAGGCUCGGCUGGGACUUGAUUUAUAGCCUGCUUUGCUUACCUUAGCAUAGCAUAUACUCGAUUUUAUAUAUAUGUUGUUUUCUGCGCCAACAAUAGAACAACAAGCCUUUGAUGCGGUUUGAUGAAUUAUAUUGUCGUCUAUCCUCUUCUAUUUGACUAUGUGUGAUGUAUAGGCUGGCUGUACACUUGUACAUGAAUAUCCAGAAGCCGACAGUCUGUAUGAGUGUAACUUGUUACAUACUCAGGU